CCAAGUACCACGACACAGGGAGGGCUGGCAUAAGCGGGUUCAUUGUGUGCUCCUAAAAAACUAUUCCAUUGAACAAAGUUCAGCGUUGGGCUAGUGCUGACUCCUCACGUACAUAACAGGCACAGUAGAGGAAAGAGAACGCAUUGCGUUGGUACCGUUCUACAUUUGACUUCUUUGCUCUGUUUGGAUUCAUGGAUUUUUAUAAAGUGUGGAUGUGAUCAAGCUUUCUAGGAUUGUUUCAAUUCAUUGACUGCAUCUGGAUGAUGUACUUCAUGAUAUAAAGCUUCGAAUCCAUGGUAAAGAAAAGGACAUCAGUGAACACCAUGUUCAUAAUGUUGCUGGAAUGAUGACUUUAACUGUUAAAAAGAUGUUUGCUGAUAUUAAACUCUAGCUGUAGCAACUUUGGAGUUGACGUGGAAUAAAUUUGUAGACAACUUGACUGGAUUCUCGUGAAAUUGAACCAAAAUCAACAACACCCGGAGUGAGGAAUACACUGUUGGCAGAGAGUCCGUGAGGGCUUAUCAAGUACUGCAUUUUCUUCUGUCACAGUUUUGUGAAAACUAUGCUUCGGUCAGCCACGGCAUCAUGAGUCUGCCGCGUUGUCCGAGGACACGUACCGUCAUGUUUUCUAGAACUUUGACUCGUUGUUAUCCUCAAAGAACGCUUUGGAUUGCGAUAUUAUGUGUAAUAUGCAGUUGGACAUUAUCAACGACUGGAGCAACUACAAUACGAGAUAAAGAAGUAAAACCAGACGCUCCUCAGAAUCUAACAGCCAUCCCAGUCAAAGCAGAAGCCAUUGUUUUAACAUGGAAAAAACCAUUAAAAGGACAAACAGAUGGAUACAUUGUUGUAUACUGUCUCAAGAGAAACAAAGGUAAUGGAUGCGAAAGACAGAAGAUUGAAGGAGGCAACGUGACCGAGGUUGAAGUCACCAAUUUAUAUGCAAACCACACAUACCAAUUCCAGGUGCAAUCCUGGUACUCAGACCAUCCAGAAGGAGCAUCUACAGGCUAUAUAGAGGCAUCAGGAACACCACCAAUACCACCGACCUUGAGACGUAACUUUAAAGGUUUGGUUGAGAAGAGCCUUGGUUUUGAGCACAAGAUACCAUGUCCAGUGAAAGCUGAUCCCAGACCUUACACAAGAUGGUUGAAGAAUGGUACUGAUCUCACACCCAAUGACCCCGAUGAUAAUGUGUCUUUCACCAAGACAUCCAUCGUCUUCAAGCGGCUUAGGUUCUCUGAUGCAGGCCUGUAUACCUGUGUGGCAUCCAACUUUUUUGGUCAACCCAUUCAUGUCAACUUCACUCUGAUAGUAGUUGACACACAUUCAGAGUCUUAUGCGGAAUCCAGUGUCCUAGAAUCCUUCUCCUCAUUGGAGUUAGAGACUGGCCCAUACAAUGAGACAGAAGAGGAAGAGACGCACUUCCCCAGGUUCACAGACACUGAACGUAUGGAGCCAGAGAAGCCCUUGCCCAGUAACACCAAGGUCAGGCUGGAGUGUGGCGCUAGAGGCACACCUACACCAAACAUUACCUGGAUCAAAGAUGGCGUUCAGAAGUGGAAGAUCAAUGUCAUUAGACCUACAAGGGUUGAGGAGAAAGGUUUUGUUCUGAUCAUCCGUCGAGCUAUUGUUAGAGACACUGGCAAGUACACCUGCAUUGUUAGCAACCAGUAUGGCACCAUUGAGCAUACCUAUGAUGUCAAGAUCAGAGAACGACUGCCUGUGAAGCCUAUCAUGUCACCUAUGAAGAAUGUGACUGCCACUGUGGGCUCCAACACCUCGUUUGUGUGUAGGGUUGUGAGUGACCUUACGCCACACUUUGCCUGGAUGCGCUUCAAUGGAACCAACAACACCAAACAACGUCUCACAGACAUUGAUGACCAUAUCAGUAUUCUACAGCAACGAUGGGUCGAGGAGCCAAUGCUGACUUGCGACGAGUUCCUGGAUGUCUUUUACCAAAACCAGUCCAAGAGGAUGCUGGAAUGUCUUCAUCUGAUUCAGCUUGAAACUCAAGGAGGAAUGGAGGAAGCUAACCAACUGAAGCUCUACAAUGUCCAGUAUGAAGAUGAAGGCCCAUAUCUAUGUGUCGCAGGAAACUUCUAUGGCAUGAGCUGGGAAGGAGCAUAUCUAGACGUAGUAGAACCUACUACCCAAGCUCCAGUGAGAACCAAUCCUCCUGCAGUCUACAUCCCAAACAACAUGCAGCCAACGAGCAAGACUCAGCUUAUUAUCUUCAGUGUUGUAGGGUUUGUUGUGGUGCUCAUUCUGGUCACGUGUAUAGCUAUCUUGUGUAAGCAGACCCAGGUUAGACAUCGUAGACCUUCGGACAAACCAGACAUCAGUGGGCCUAAACAUCUCUAUAGACAGACGUCGGUUGACUCCACCCAGUCUAUUGCUCCCCUGUUUGGGGGGCGGAAUCGACUAACAUCAUCACUAACGGUGAUCUCCGAAUACGACAUCCCUCUUGAUCCUGAGUGGGAGUUCCCUCGAGACAGACUUACCGUUGGGAAAACCAUUGGAGAAGGUGCGUUUGGUAAGGUAGUGAUUGGAGAGGCAGUUGGUAUCGUCUGCCAGGAGAAGACUAGCACCGUGGCUGUCAAGAUGCUCAAAGCCAAUGCGAUGGACCGCGAGUUCUCUGAUCUGAUCUCGGAGCUGGCUAUGAUGAAGAUGAUUGGCAAGAAUCCUAACAUCAUCAAUCUGCUUGGAUGCUGUACACAAGAAGGUCCCCCAUAUGUCAUUGUUGAGUUUGCUCACCAUGGCAACCUACGAGACUUCCUGCGCUCAAGACGUCCACCUGAAGAAUAUGAGAAGUCUAUCCUACUGACGACCUCUCAGACGCUGACCAAUAAAGACUUGAUGUCUAUGGCUUACCAGGUGGCUAGAGGCAUGGAUUUCCUCGCUUCCAAAAAGUGCAUUCAUCGAGAUUUAGCUGCAAGGAAUGUUCUAGUGACCGAAGACUUUGAGAUGAAGAUCUGUGAUUUUGGACUUGCCCGUGAUAUCCACUACAUUGACUUCUACAGAAAGACUACAGAUGGUCGGUUACCAGUGAAAUGGAUGGCUCCUGAAGCUCUGUUUGAUCGAAUGUUCACCACUCAGAGUGAUGUAUGGUCAUUUGGUAUCCUCCUGUGGGAGAUCAUGACGUUAGGAGGUACCCCGUACCCUAGCGUUCCCGUUGAACAGAUGUUUGACUACCUACGCUCAGGCAAGAGAUUGGAGAAACCUCAAAACACCUCACUAGAAAUCUAUCAUAUCUUAUGUGAGUGUUGGAGAACAUCACCGGGACAGAGACCAACGUUCUGUGAGCUGGUAGAAGAUCUGGAUCGUAUCAUCUCGGUCUCAUCAAAUCAGGAUUAUCUUGAUCUGGAAGCAGUGGGUGAUGCACCAGUCAAAACCUUUCAAGAGAGCGAGCGAAUGGCUUUUAUGGGAUUCAGGGCGCCGCUCUCACCGCAGGUUUAUUACAAAGUACCACAAACUCGAGACUGUUGUCCGUAUGCAAACUGAUGGCAGAAGUCGAAUUACAAUGCAGGACAAAGCAUCUGGUAUGCAAUUCAUUUUGUGUUUUCAUUUGCCGCUUCAGACUAAUUCAGUUUGUUUCGUUCCUUUGUGGAAAUGUUUUUCUUUGGUGCUACUGAAUGACCGGUGAAUGUGAAAUAAUGGAACUCUGAUUGAGCAAUGCAUGGAGUCCAAUACUAGAAGGAUUGAGAACUACCAGUGGAUAGUAUAACGGCACACCACGGACAUACUUAUCAUCCUGGAGGGUGCCCGCCCGCCAACGUAUACUGCAAUAGACUCUCACAUAUACGUGUAUAUAGAAGAUGGAGAAUCAAGGAGAAUCUAACAUGGAAAAGCAUCGUAACCGAAGGGAUACAGAAUUGCAUUAUGCGCAAUGCAUGAUUGACGGAAACCUUUAUUGCCUUCGAUUUCUUUGUGCUUUAUUGGACAUUUAUGUGUUGAGAAUGUGCCGCGUGAGAAUAUGCCAAGACACCGAGUGAGAAACAGUAAACUGUCUUGGCUACUUUCAUCAAUGGCAUACAUGGAAUAGACUCUAUGACACCAAGCACAGGACAUGAACUUAGCACUGAUACUCAGUGACUAAAGUAAGCUGCAUAUGUAUGCUGCUGCUUGGAACAAAUUAUUUUGUUGAUGUUGAAUUGUGACCUCAUAACUAAUGUAAAAUUUGAAGGAAAGAAACAAAAAAGUGGAACAUAUAUAUAGAAUAUAUAAGCUAUAUUGUGUAUUUGGUGAAUAUAUAUAUAUGUUCUUAUGGUGUAAGAAAAGGAGGGCCUGUACUAUUAAACUUGCCAUGUGUUCACUGCCAGAUCUUUUAAAAAGAAUAUUAUUUGGUCUCUUUUUCCCUUCUGAUAUAGCAAGCUUAGUUAGACUAGUGUAUUCCUGUAAAAAGAAUAAAAGUACUGUUUGGUAUGUGUGUUAGUAACCACAUAAAGUAGAAAUAUAUUUACUUUGACUGUGGUUUAAAGAGUACAAUCUAAUUCACUACUUUCUCUUUCCUCUUAAUGUAUUACUCAGAAACAGUUUUAAUGUUUGGCAUUCAAUGAACAUAUUCUUUUGUUUUGGAAAAUGAAAUGAAAUGCUAGAUGCACAAUAUUUGCUUCACAAAACAAGCAUAUACUUAUUAUUCUGGAGUUCAUCUAGUUGAUGAGGAACCUUUCAAAGUAAAAUUUUGAUUGUAAUCGUGAUUAAUUCCUACUAUUGCCAUUCAUUAUGAAUUUCGACCAAAUGAAUUUAUUUCCCAAGUGGGAUUUAUGAGCUUUAUUGAUAUCUAUCCUCCAUGCAAUGAAAACAAAGGUUCUGUCUUUUUAAGUUAAGUAUUACUUCGUCUAUUGAGGCUAGAAAAACUAUGCCUUUCAAAUAGAACUUUAUUUCAUCUUUCAUAUUCUAUCUUUCACUUUUUUAUCAAUAGAAUGCUUUUGAUUUUCAAUUCUUGAAAUCGAUUCAAUGAAGACCUAGGUUUCCUCUAUUAAAGUUUACUCGCUCUAUGCAAAGUUCAAAUCAGCAAAUUUGUUUUGAUGAGGAUUUACAAUUGUGAUUUAUUUUUUAUACAAAAUGUAAUUAGGAACUGUAUUGCCAACUGAUUCACAAAUCAUUUUUUUUUUAAUUUUUAAACAUUGUUGGUCUUUCACUUGCUAAGUUGAUUUCAAGAGAGCUGGAAUAUAUACUAAAUACCUUUUGAAAUAUCAAUUAAUUUGUUGUCACCCUCAAAAGCAAUGAUUUUGAAUUUACUACUCAGUAUUAUGAAGAAAGGGAAAUGAAAGCAGAAAAUGAAACUUAUUUAUCUGAGAGAAAAUAAUUUCAUUUUGAAGAAGUUGGAUUUAGAAGGUCAUGUGGUCUUUAUAUCAUAUCAUUUGUAUAUUAAUGAACUGAAACAAUAUAUGAUUUUGUUUUAAAAUCUGUUUUGUAUUUUACCUUGAGUCCUAUGUAUCUAGCUUGAAUCCAGCAGCAUUACAUGAUGAAAUGACUGGAUCAAACAUAGUUUGAUAAUAAACAAUGUCCACAGAUGGGUUGCUGGCUGCAAGCAAAAGUUGCUGAAAAUUAAUUUUAUUAUCAUUUUUUAGCAACAGAUUUACUGUUUUAUAAAAAAUAGAAAAACAUUAAAAAGAUUUUUACCAUUUUUUUAAAAUGAAAUUUUAUACUGGAUUUUAAGAUUUAAUAAUAAUAUUUGUUGUUAAUGCUCAGACUUUGUGAAAACCACAGAAACAACAAAUAUCCUUGAAACCUCUCCUUCAGCCUGUUCCUACUUGUGGUUGUUUCUAUUAUUGUUUCAUUUCCACUUCAAUGCAUUUCAUGUUGAAGCAUGAAAGUAGUUAAAUAUGUCCUCUAAACUUUACCACAGGCAAUCAGGCAUAUUUAAUACCAUGAUGUACCAAUCAAUAAACUCUCUAACUGUUUACCUACAGGUGAAAGUUUCUUUAAUAGGUUGAUUUCAUACAUUCUAUCUACACAAUUUUUUUUUUUUUUUAGGUGAUCGGUACAUUUUAAGAUAAGAAUCCAGCAUAUUGAGACAUUGAAGCAUUUAAAGAGUAGGAAUGAACCCUAAAGUUGUUUUACUCGAUGUGUAGACUUGCAGGGUUACAUGCCCUAUCAAGGGGCUAGCCAGCAUGACGUAUUCACUUUUACUUUGUCAUAAAGAAAAAGAUUUUAGUCACUGUAGUGUGACUCUCAAGUAUCUAUGUUUGUUUCCACCUUGUCAAAACCACAUUAUUCCACUUUUUAGUCAUUUUUAUAUCCAACUUGUGAUGUGUAUAUGCUUCAGAGUCAGCCUGUUAUAUUUUCAUAAGUCAAAAAGUAUUUUUAGAAACAUUGCAUGAGAUAAUGCAUUUCUGACUUAUUGGCCAUUCUUUUAACAGAUCUGCGUAUAAUUCUUUGAUGGAACAUUUCUAUCAAUAGUGUUGCAUUCAUACUCUAAAUUUAGUUCAAAGAUAGUAUCAAUGACUUUCUAAUUGCAAAAAUAAGAGGAAAAACAAAAUAACAUUUGUAAUUGAUGUUCAUGAAUUUUGUGUAUUCUGUUUCAUAGAAAGAUUAUAAUUCCUCAAAGAUAUGAAGUUAAAAUUCUUUUCAACUAUUUUCAAACUGUAGUUUUAUCUUCGCAAUUUCGAGUUAAAAAUUAUACAGAGAUGGAAAUCUAAGUAUGUAUAUUUGUAAGUUGCCUUCUUUAAUUUAAAAGAAAACCAAAAGAUCAUGUUGUUUGGAUGUGGUUCAUGUUAAUUCAUUAUGAGAUUGCAUUUUUAGAAUGCUAGGAAGUACAUACUUUACUCUAAUUCAAAAUAAACCAGGAUCACUAUUUAUGAUUCCCUCUCCUAGAACUGCUAGUAAUCUACAUUUUAAUAUCAUUGUAUAUUUCAUAACUCCAGCUUAUGGAUAAAAACAAGCUUUAUUCCUGCUCACAUUGAUAAUAGAAUUCAAGUAUGCCAACUGUUAAGUGUAAGAUGAGGGUAUAGCACAAUUGUCAUUCAAAGUAACAGACUGUGUGUGAAUGUGUAUAUUGUAUGGUCAACUCAAAAGCAACAAAUAAAUGUUUUGUUUUCUGCUUAGUUACAGCUUAUCCUACCAGCAAACAUCAUUAUCCACCAUAAACUAGGUAGCCCUUAGGCAUUGGCAAACAACAUUAAUGUUUCUCACUAUUUCUUCCUAAAUUCCCUUUAAAGAACAACAGAUUACCAGUUUUCAUCUCCAUAAGAAAGUACUUCAUAAAUGAGCAUUUAUCACCAUGAAGCGUUUUGUAUUCAAGAUGUUUAGUGUUGUUUUUGCAGGUGUUGAAUGAUUAAUGGCACCUUAUUUUUGUGAAUAUGAUCAUAUAUGUAUUUGAAAGAAUGUUUCUUCAUAGAUUAUUAUUUAAUUAUGUUACUGUAUGUGCAAGGUGCUGAUGUCAGUGGUUUUCAAAAGCAGAAUGGAGACAUGUACCGGUACUCUGUACAUUUGACUAAAAUUCAUUCUCAGCGUUUUUCUUCUUUUUUCUCAAUGAUAAUAAUAAUACCGAUAGUCACAUUUGUAUAGGGCUUAAUACAAUGUUUCCAAGCGCUUAAAUUGUAAUAACUAUUUUCCUGGUAACUUGAUUCAAUUGCUAAUUCGCACACGCUCCGCUCUCGGGGGAGCAUUCAGGCCAGGUGCCAUUUUACAAUGCUAACAUGCCAAUCCAACCACAUAAAAUUGGCAUCCUACCAGGUACCCUGGAUGGAGAGUGGCAAAUCUAGAUUGAUGUCUUAGCACGUGAUAGGACUCAAACCAUGAACCUUAUGAUCCACAGUCUGGUGACAUAUCUUCUAGAUCACGACACCUCUAUGCCAUAGAAAUAUCUCUUUUUUUUUUUAAAGAUCUACCAUUGAGCCAAAUUUUAAACUUGUGUAUUCAUUCUUAUAAUAUGUAACCAAGGUUUAAAAAAACAUUAGGCCUACUCCUGUAUUUUUUUAAGCACCUUGGGCUUUUUUAAUAAUUUUUUUUCUUAUCUUGCAUACGCUGAUUUUGGGAUGUUUGCAUCUGAUUAUAAGCCUACAUGAGACUGUUUUCAUGUGCUAAAUGUUCCUCUUGUAUAUUAUUAAUAAAUAAAUGUUUUGGAACAUGA